AACCAAAAUAAGCCACAGGAGAUGAAAAUCUAUAGGACAGAGAAGAUGAGGAGUGGAGCGCAAGGCGCUGCUCUCUUAUUGCGUCAUCGCGAUCCACUCAGCUGCUGCUGCUACUGCUGCUCGCCAGGAAAGGUGAAGUACCUACUAUGUCUGAAGCCAUCAUGUCUUCUCAAAUGGAAACUGCUCCCUUUGAUCCUCGCUUCCCCAACCAGAACCAGACCAAGUUUCCAGCAGCAGGUGUAGUAUGUGGUAACUGUGAGCUUUGUGGCAGGUACUGUUACCAGAGCUACGUUGACUUCCACCGCUGCCAGAAGCUGAAGGGUGAGGAGUACGAGCCAUGCCAGUACUUCAAGAAGGUGUUCCGCUCCGUGUGUCCCAACGCUUGGGUGGAGAAGUGGGAUGAGCAGCUGGAGAAUGGCAGUUUUCCCAGCAAGAUCUAGAUCAGCUUUUCCCUUUCCUUCCUUUCUGUAAAUGUCCGGGCUUAGGAAAUAAAAGUGAGAGAGAAAGAGAGAGAGAACGAGUGAGAGAUGGUUAGCAGAGUUUUAUUGUAUUGUGGGUCUUGCAUUUUGCUCCUUGUGCACACCCAAACACACGUGUGCACACAUUUGCAUCUGUCUUACUAAUGUACAUCUCAUGUAGAGUUGUUGUGUCAUCCACUUGUCAUUUGAUCCGGGAACAGUAAAGAUGGAGCAUAGUAUCUGUUGCUGGCCAAGUGGUGAACAGUCGGCCAUUUCUUCACUAGCCACUCUUUGUCUCCUUCAACACUCUGUGGAGAGCACCAUGCCUCUCCUGCUGUAGAUAUUUGUACAGGGAGUUGCAGCACCAGCAGGAUAGCCUAAGUGGCGCCUCAGGCCGACUCUUUCAUCUGCUGUGAUGCAAUUAAAGGUCCCCAUCAGG